AUGUGGAUCAUCUCGGCAAGCUCGACCCGAGGGCCGCUAGCUCUUCGACUGCCACCGGGCGCUCAGCACCGUCGACGGGACGAAGAACCUGUGGCCGCGGCCGGCCGUGGUAGGGCUGCAGCCGUGAGGAACAGUACACGCAACCAUCGCCGGCAGGGAGUUCCGCAUCACCAGCACCCCGUGCAAGCACUUUCUGGUCGGCCAGGUCACUGGGACUCUGGUCGAGCCAGAUUCGUUCGGCAUGCGCGAGGACAGCAACUAAUCCAACGCUAUAUACAUUCCCGACGACACUUGUACAUUGACGAGCUGGAGCAGAUUCAAGAUGGCGUGCACGUGACGGCGACGAUUAUUGACAUGGGCAAUGCCAACUUUGAACUUCCGAUCGGUGCGUUCCAGAUCAACAAGAAUGGUAAACAGGCAUUGCGACUAGCCAGGCGCAUUCCCUGGCGCUGA